CAAAACUCUACAAAGAUGAUCCUGUUGUUCCAGUUCCCAAGCGCACUAUGCACAGAUGGAAACAGCUCACGUCAAAAAAAGACCCAAAGCCGGCAUACAAGCACCCAUUGGACAGUGGCAGUGAUGACAGGCCUGAUGAAGGAGAUCACCUGUCCUUGGAUGUGGAUGACAGCGGUGGUGGUGACGAGAAGCACUAUGCUUCCUUGGAUGUGGAUGACAUGUCUGACACUGGUGGUGGUGACGAGCAUCAUCAUGCCAGGGCUUCCUUGGAUGUGGGUGACAUAUCUGACACCAGUGGUAGUGAUGAGCAGCAUGAUGCUUCCUUGGAUGUGGGAGACAUAUCCGACACCAGUGGUGAGCAGCGUGACUCUGAUGGUGUUAUUAGUGUCAACCUUACAGACUCAACGAGCAUGAGCACAGACUAG